UAGAUUGAAUCACUCGACACUAACGAAAAGAGAAAAAAAAUGUCAAUCUUACUCUCGACUGAAACACUCCUUCAAACAACCACCACAAAAUUAAGGUUGAAGCUUUCAGACAAUGGAAGAAAUGGAGGAGAACCAAUAAUGUAUAGUCUAUGUACAGGUAUCAAGAAGAUGAAAAAUAACAAAAGCAAUAGAGGAAGAUCUGUAUGGUCUCUCUCUUGCUCAAUAAAGGUCGGGAAAACCACUGUGACGCCAACCCAAAUAGGAAAAAGCCAAAGAAAUCAUGCUCGAAAUCCAGUUUUGAGUGAAGGAAGAGAUGAGGAUGAGAACCAUGGCCUUAUCUGCCCUGGUUGUGGCAUUUUCAUGCAGGAUGAAGACCCAAAUCUCCCAGGUUUCUAUCAGAAAAGGAGGGAAUCUCAGAAGGAAACGGCACUGCUUGAGGAAGCUUUUGAUGGUCUUGGUAUUGAUGAAUUCACAGAGUUAAGUGGAGAGGAGGAAGAAGAGGAUUCUAUGGAUGGUUUCGAGAGUAAAUUUGAAGAAAGUGACGAGGAAUAUGAGAAGAAGGAAGAUGCGAUUGAUUGGGAUUCUGAUGAUUGGGAAUCCUUGAUUGAUGAUGAAGAUGAGAAUCGGAGGAAGGAAUUGGAUGGUUUUGCACCUGCCGACAUUGGAUAUGGUAACAUUACUGAAGAGACGUUUAAGAAGGUAAAGAAGGAGAGGAUUUCAAAAUCUGAGAAGAAACAAAAAGCCCGAGAAGCUCAAAGAGAUGAAGAGAUGGUUACUGUUUGUGCUCGGUGCCAUUCUUUGAGAAAUUAUGGACAGGUCAAGAACCCAAAUGCUGAAAACCUGAUACCGGAUUUUGACUUUGAUCGGUUAAUCACUAGUCGGUUGAUGAAACCAGGCAGUAACUCUGGCAAUACUGUAGUAGUCAUGGUCGUUGAUUGUGUUGAUUUUGAUGGUUCAUUCCCUAAACGAGCAGCUAAGUCACUAUUCAGGGCAUUGGAAGGAAGCAAGAAGGACCUGAAGCUCUACAACAAAUUUCCAAAGCUUGCUCUGGUUGCCACUAAGGUCGAUCUCCUGCCAUCCGAGAUUUCACCAACCAGGUUAGAUAGAUGGGUCCGCAACCGUGCCAAAGCUGGAGGUGCUCCUAAACUAAAUGGGGUGUAUCUUGUUAGUUCCAGUAAGGAUCUUGGUGUUAGAAACCUUCUGUCUUUCAUCAAGGAACUGGCAGGUCCUCGAGGAAAUGUGUGGGUUAUUGGGGCUCAGAAUGCUGGCAAGUCUACCCUCAUUAAUGCAUUUGCCAAGAAAGAAGGGAGAAAAAUUACAAAGCUUACGGAGGCUGCAGUUCCCGGUACGACUCUUGGGAUAUUAAGAGUUGGAGGGAUUCUUCCAGCCAAGGCAAAAAUGUUUGAUACUCCAGGCCUCCUGCAUCCAUACUUGAUGUCCAUGAGACUCAAUAGAGAUGAGCAGAAGAUGGUUGAGAUUCGAAAGGGGCUGAAACCUCGGACUUAUAGAAUGAAGGCAGGUCAGGCAGUGCAUGUUGGUGGUUUAAUGAGACUGGACCUGAAUCAAGCUUCAGUAGAAACAAUUUAUGUCACAAUUUGGGCCUCACCAAAUGUUUCUCUUCACCUGGGGAAGAUAGAAAAUGCUGAUGAAAUAUGGAAAAAACAUGCUGGUGUCAGGUUACAGCCUCCCAUUGGUGUAGAUCGAGUACCUGAAUUAGGAAAAUGGGAACAUAAAGAAUUCAAGGUGUCUGGAAGCAGCUGGGAUGUAAACAGCAUCGACAUUGCAGUGGCAGGGUUUGGUUGGUUUUCCCUUGGACUGAAAGGUGAGGCAACCUUGGCCUUGUGGACAUAUAAUGGUGUUGAAACAUCUUUGCGAGAGCCAUUAGUUCUUGACCGGGCACAAUUCCUUGAGAGAGCUGGAUUUCUACUGCCUAAGGCCAUAUCUGAUGCCAUUGGCAACCAAAUGAAGCUCGAAGCUGAAAAAAUGAAGAAGCUUCAAGAUGAUGAAAUAGAUUCACUUUCAGAGGUUCUUACCUGAAGAUACAUAGAAAUGAUACAGGUCUCAUAUUGAGAAUCAAAACAAGCUUAGCUGUCAGAUGAGGAAGAGUUCUAGAUGAGAAGCCAGAUCUAGAGGAGAAGUUGCUUGCUUUGUCUGUCCUGUGUUUCAGAAUAUUUAGAAAAUGUGUAUUUGGCUCAACUGGGUGUAUUCAGCUGGAAGCACUGUUCUGCAAACAAUGAAGAGUUCCAUUCUCCAAGUUACUAUGAUGAGUGAAGAGGUUGUUUGUUUGAUUUCUACAUUUUCACUACCUUUUAACAUUUGUGCUGCUUCAAAGUAUUCACUAGUGAAGUACUCCCUUUCUUUUGCGAAUUA